AGGGUUAUGGAAUUUCCAAGAAGAGGUACCUAUGCCAGAGAUUAGAGGUUAGAGGACUCAUUGAUAGAGUAAUCAGAAGAGUAAAGCAAGAGUUAAAUCACCCUGGAUUUUGUUCUGAGUGGACUACCACAUGCUUUGAUCUGCUGAUGCAAGCCAGAAAACAAUGUACAGGCCUACAAGAGGACACCAAAAGCACAUGGAAAAAAAUAGCAUAAGGACUGCAGCUUGCAAGGAUCUUUGGAUUUUGCAAAACAGUUCCAAGGAAACAAUGGCCAACUUCUCCUUAUGGGCAACUUUUGGAUUAUGUUUGCUGAAGCUUUGUCUAACAGAAACACAAUUCAAUGUAAGCUGCAGAUAUGGAGGAGUUUUUCAUGUUGAGAAAAAUGGUCGCUACAGUCUCACGCGACCUGAAGCAGUCAAACUCUGCAGAGCUCUCAAUAGUACCUUGGCAACACUAGAGCAGGUGAAGAAAGCUCAUGAACUUGGAUUUGAAACUUGCAGGUAUGGUUUUGUAGAGGGGCAUAUUGUUAUCCCACGAAUCAAGCCCUAUCAUCUUUGUGCAGCAAAUCAUACUGGCGUUUAUAAACUUCCAGCAAAUACAACUGGUCGGUAUGACGCAUAUUGUUACAAUGAGACAGAAACAAGGGAUGUAACAUGUGAGCCAGUCGAAAAACUAGAUACUUCUCUCCUCAGUAAUCAAGAUGAAAUAGUCAUUGACAAUGCAGAUGGCUCACGUUAUAAUGCAGAUGGCACACGUCAUACCGGGGGAGAGUCCUCAACUUCAGGUGCAGAUGAUGAAAAUGUAGGCAGUGGAUCAACUCAUGAGACAACUCCCAUGGAUACCUCCAUCAGGAGAUCCAGCCCCUCAUAUUAUGGAAGUGCUACUCCAGUCUCACAGCUGCCAGAUCACACUUCUGGAGGGGGUGAAAAAGGAAUUCCUGGAAAAGACUAUGAUGAUGAAGUUCCGUCUCUAUCACCUGACAUCUCUUUCGGGACAGUGGCUGAUGAUUUCCAUGAAGAAGAUGGUGGACGUUAUCAUGCGACUACUACUCCAGGGCCUCGUCAUGACAACCUAGAGAAAUCCACCACCCAAGCUUGGUGGAACCUGUUUCCAGACCACUGGUGGUGGUCAAAUCCUGGAGAGAAGACACAAGAAGCCACACAGGCAACCAAGGCAGAUGUGACCUCCAGUGGCAAUGGUUCAGAUGAUGAAGACUCUUCAGAGGAGAUGAUGUACCCAACACUGUUUCCUGGCUGGGGCAGGAGCGUGGCCAAGGAUGAGACUGCUCCAAGCACGACUCCAGGGCCUCGUCAUGACAACCUAGAGAAAUCCACCACCCAAGCUUGGUGGAACCUGUUUCCAGACCACUGGUGGUGGUCAAAUCCUGGAGAGAAGACACAAGAAGCCACACAGGCAACCAAGGCAGAUGUGACCUCCAGUGGCAAUGGUUCAGAUGAUGAAGACUCUUCAGAGGAGAUGAUGUACCCAACACUGUUUCCUGGCUGGGGCAGGAGCGUGGCCAAGGAUGAGACUGCUCCAAGCACGACUGUGGACUCACAACACGAAACGCUUCUGGAAGUCUCCACACAAGGUCAUUGGAAUCCCACCUUUACAGAUGAAGAGGAACAGUAUCCUAGCUCUUCUAGCAGGGCACUAGUUACAAAUGAAAAUGAAAAACAUCAAGGACCAACCCAACAUCCACUAUCACACAGCGUUCAUUCUGGAGGGAUCAGUCAAGAACAAAAUCCUGCAAAUACCACGGCGAGUACUGAACAACAUCAAUUUACUGUUGCAGGUGAAAAUUAUUUUGAAAAGGAAUCUUCUCAUACAGCUGUGGUCUCCACCUCCGUGCAAGACCCAUGGGUAUAUCCAGGUUGGGACAACAGAGAGGACUAUGCAACACGGCCUGCUAUAACGGACAGAACUAUUCCUUCCAGAGAGAACAAUCAUGAAAAAGAUUCUUCCACUACAGAGUCUGUGGAGGAUGUUAACCGAGAGAGAGCAACCAAGGAGCCACUGGCAGCUGGCACUCCACCUGGAAGGGAAAGUGAACAAGCGAACACCACAGAUGGUUCCCAUGUCAGUUGGAUACCUGCAAUUCUUCCAGACGCUGAAGACCAUCUUAACCGCUUGCAGACCCCUCUUACUACUACUGUUGCCUCUCCUGAUGAUGCCCACCACAAAGACCCAACUGAAGCACCUCUGCCUUCAGAUAAUGAACCAGGACAGGGCACUGAAGGCAUCAGGAAUCCCACAGAUACCCCAGAGGAUGAAGUCCUCCACAAGACCACAGCCAGUAUAAUCAAAGAUGGUUAUGACUCUCCUCUGAUAGUCACAGCCUCCACUGAUGUUCUGGUACCAGAAGAUAUAACCCAGGAAACAUGGGCAACUCGCGUCGUGGUAACCGCUGUUGCCUCUCCCGAUGAUGCCCACCACAAAGACCCAACUGAACCACCUCUGCCUUCAGAUAAUGAAUCAGGACAGGGCUCUGAAGGCAUCACAAAUCCCACAGAUGCCCCCAGGGGUGAAGUGCUCCACAGGACCACAGCCAGUAUAAUCAAAGAUGAGUCUGUGGAGGAUGUUAAGCAAGAAAGAGCAACCAAGGAGCCACUGGCACCUGGCACUCCACCUGGAAGGGAAAGUGAACAAGCGAACACCACAGAUGAUUCCCAUGUCAGUUGGAUACCUGCAAUUCUUCCAGACGCUGAAGACCAUCUUAACUGCUUGCAGACCCCUCUUACUACUAGCUCUACCUCUGGUGUAUAUGGUAAUGAAGGACCACACAAGGGACAUUAUGAAUCCACUACUUUCCCUGGAGAGACCGCCACAACAAAAAUAGAUUCACAGCCAAGGUCGGCCCGUGUACCAGAAUGGCUGAUCAUAGUGGCUGCUCUUGUGGCACUUGUACUGAUUCUUGCAGUCUGCAUUGCUGUCAACAGUCGGAGAAGAUGUGGGCAGAAGAAAAAGCUAGUGAUUAACAACGGGAAAGGGGCAGUGGAGGACAGGAAGUCAAGUGCAUUAAAUGGAGACAUCAGCAAAUCACAAGAAAUGGUGCACUUGGUUCAUAAAGGACAGUCAAAUGACCGAACACAAGCAUGUGAUGAACUCCUGACUGUUAAUGAAACACAAAAUCAUCAGGAGCUUGACAUGAAGACUGGAGUGUAAUGGUGCCAAUGUCUCCAAGUAGAUCAGGUCUGGGGAAAUCAAAAUCAUGUGGAACUUGAACAGAAAUUCACAGAUGCACUGUGCUACUGAUGUCUUUUGAAAAUAAAAAUAAGUUUUAUUCCUUUUUAAUCAUUUUACAACGUUUCCAGAGUUAAAAAAUUGGCAUGUGCUUUCUGAAAUACACCCCCAAGAGUUGCAUAGUGCUCUCAGUUCCCAGUCCCUACACAGAGGACUUUCACUGUGUCCUGGAUGUUAGGAGGCAUACAAGUUUACGUCAUUAUUCCCCAGAUGGAAGGUCUUCACUGUGUGGAGUUUAAGAAGUAUCCAGUCACUCCAUUUUAGAGACAUUUAAGGUACUAAACUUGCCAUGAUACAAGAAUAAGUGAGAAAAAAAUGUCAAGAGUAAGAAUCAAGUUUAAACCUGAAAGGCAUGCUCUAUAAUGUCUGAAACAUCAGAAUUCUUCAGAAAUGCCUUCCAGCCAGGAAGAGCAGAGGAUGCAUUCAGAAUCUGCCACUGUAAACAAAAAAGUGACAUUUUGUAAUUAUGUAUGGCUUGGUCUGCAAUGAGAGAAACCCAGAAGGACAAAAUUUAUUUAUCUCUAUUUUUAAAUGAUACUAUGGGCAUACAACAAGUCUUCUCAGGAGGGGUAAUAAAGAGAUGAAAACAUGAACUGAUACAUAAUAAAAUUCUAUGCUUUAUCAUCCUAGCAACCAGUACAAUUAUGCUUGAGUUUUUGAGAUAUUCAUUACUCUUCUCCCUCCCUCAUUCGUUGGUCCAGGUUUGUGCAUGUUUUUAAUGAGUCUGUUAGUUAAGAUAAUGAAUGAAACAAAAUGACCCCAGCUCUAUCACACGUGCACAGAUCAAGCAAUUGGAGAUCAUUAGGGAAGGUGACAGUAUUUUAUUCCUGAAGAAUAGGUCUCUAUCUUAGAUGUUUUAAUUUUUAUUCCAUUUUACUUAGGAGAUGCUGAGCCUAGGAAAAUUGUUUCCCCUAUAACUAUUAUGUCAUACCAGUUUCCUGAUAUUUUAAAAGUUCUCUUUCUAUGAUCUCACUAAUUUCCUCAGAAUUCUAUUUAAUCUACAUUUUUUCCAUCUGCUUUUUAAAAAUGCCAAAAGAAACACUGCUUGUGUAUCGGUACUAGAAAUUCAAAUUCUACAGAAAAGGUCGAAGAAAAUGAAAGGAAACUCUCCCAGCCAUGUAAUAUAGUAGAGUAGCUGAGCUGCAUUGUUAUAUGCUGUUGGUUUGUCCUUUUGUGUCUGUUAUGUAAAGUAUUUGUAUUAAGCUAUGAUGCUGUGCAUUAUAUUGAUAUGAAUUGUCAGGAAAAAACCUUAUUUACUACCAGUGGUCUGUGCUAUUUUUAAGCAAGCAGUUUGGAAUGGAGGAAGAAUGAUAACUUCUAAUUGGGCUGCCCCAAGAAAAUGGAAGCAAAAACAAUUUAAGUAAUUGCAACCUGUGGUCUGUGUCAGCUGAUGGAUAGGGAUGGCCUGUAGCAGGGUUACGCAAGUGUUCCUGUUCACUGACCGUAGCAUCUGUCUUUGAAACUGUUCUGCUAAAACGUGUUAUUUUAUGUUCUCCAUCUGAAACAGUUUGGAGGAUGAGUACUGAGCUGGCUAAAUACUAAGUUUAGCUCGCACUCAUCUUUACUGGAACAUAAAGCACAAGACUGUUGAGUCACAGUCCUCCAGCAGUUUCCCAUGUGUUUCAUUGAGGUGCUCAGUGCCCCGGUAUCUGCAGGCAGAUCUUCUCAGGGCAAUUUACACCUGGGCUAAAGGUCCCAAGACAAGUAAAGGUUUUAAAAUACACAUAGGAUGUUGUCUGACUUUAUGUAGGUCAGCAUAUUUCAUCUAUGAACAGUGCAUUGUUUUUUGUUUAAUCCCUGUAAUGUUUUUAAACAAACUUUUCUAUUUGUCAUUACAAAUCAAAAUGUUCUGUUGAAGGCUGUGUUUAAACUGGUGUUAGGUACUCAUUUCACUAAGUAUGGAGAUCCAGAGUAAGAAUUAUUCCUCUCUUUAAAUCCUAAUUGAAUAUAGGCCUUAGUGAAAAGAGCUUGAAGCCUAAAUUUCUCUUUUAGAAAAAGUUUGUGAUGUUAUUCAUCUCCCUAUACAGAUGUUGAAUGAAGAAUCUCACAGACUUUUUCCUAAUUUACCUUAUGUUCAGUAGCUAUAAAUGCACAGACAACACUGGUUGGGUUUUUUAUAUAUUUUUAAAUAGGGAGAUGCUCAAGUUGUCUUUACAGAGGCGAUGCCAUUAUUUUAUAUAUACUGGUUCUUUUUAGAUUAUGUCUUGUGAUUCAUGUGUAAUUGUUUCAUUAUAGUUUCAAACUACGUUUCAUAUGUGUAAUAUAGUACAUAUUUUUAUUAAUCUUGAUUUAUUAUAUGAGGGGUUGUUUGUUGUGUGUAUGUAUUUUUAUACAGAGCACUUGAUAUAUUUGCAUAUUUAUUUAACAGAUUAAUCAGAAUGAGAGAAAAUAUCAUCUCUAAAUUGUAACUAGAAAUAGUAUUGCUAAAAACACAUUGAACUGUAAAAUAAGCUUCCAAAAUAAACUUGAUUCCACACUGAGGAUAAACAGUAAGACCAGCUAUUAGUAGGAGAGAAUUGUUCAGCAGGAUAGUCAUGCUGAGUAUUUGUGAUAAUUUUUUCUGCUUGCAAAUUCUAAGCCAGGCCAAGGUGAAUGCUGUGUGACCUUUUCUGCUCUGCCAGCUUUCCAUGAGCUCCACAGAUGCUCUGGGGGUUGGUGAUCAACUCAACUUCCCCCCAGCAGCAGACAACAGCUUGAUUCAAUUUAAGAUCAACCCAGUAAGAUCCUCAUGACUAUUCCUGGCUCAUUGAAUCAACAGCAUUUAGAGAGCAUAGCAACCAGCAAGAUCCAGCCCUUCCUUCAAUGUGCUGACAGACAGAUUGGGUUUUGGUCUAUCCUUGGUGCCUAGGAAGUAUGAGGAUCUCUUCUAAAAAUGCUGAGGAGGGUCAGACCCUGUGAUCAGCUUGUGUUAUUCCUUUGCCUUGAAAAGUUUCAAAUAAAUGUAAUCCAGAACAUGGAAAUACCAUCUAAGGUAGUAGGCACAUUCAAGAGAGAUUUUAUGUUUUAUAAGAAUAUAGUUUUUUUUCAUGAAGCAAUGAAGGGUGAUUGUUGCAUCUGUAUUUUUGUGAAGCCCUUAGAAAGGGUCAUGUCUACCUAUGUGGAUAUUAAACCCUUACCACAA